AUGCGGCAUGCACCCAAAGUUAAUGGGACCUCAGUACUUGGAGACCCUUCGCGGGCGCAUGUUUUUAUUUGCGUGCUUAUUCAUAAUCGCUUCGUCCGAUCUAUACCAAAGGGGCCAACAUUCGAGUUCAACUAUAACCCCAAACAACUGAAAUGUCUCGGCGCAAACGCACAAAACCGUUCUAAGACACCAUAUGUGCUCUUCAGUUCGCGCCAGAAUAAGUUGGAACAGGACUGGAGUGUCGCAAUGCCUCAUAUCAGUGUCUCGGUUGUCACUGACGCGGCAGCUACCAGUUGCCACACAAUCAAAGAGAACGAUGACGCAUUAAAUGAUGUAGAUCUUCUUCUUGCCGACCUAGAACCUCAAGUAAAACCUCCUAAGUGCUCUUGGGUACCGCCGUGUGGACCGGCAUUUGGCACGAAGGAAGAGAGGAUGAGGAAGAGAAAGCUGCGGUUGAGAGAUUUUGUACGACUAGAUAAUCUUUUUAGCGAGAGCUCGAGGUAUUCUUUUAAGAAUCAAAAUUUUAAGCCUGAGAAGAAUACUGCAUUCAAUAACUGGGGUGCUUUGAUUGCUCCAUUCACCUUGCACGAUAACACUACCGUUGAUUUAAAUUUGAAGAACAGCCAACCUCCACCGGGUGCUUAUAAUCCUGUAAAGGACGCAAAGCCAACGAAAAAUAACCAACUUGGCCUCGAUUCAUGGACUCUCGCUGCAGUGGUGAACCGUGCUCCCACUCCCAAGGAUGAUGUUGGACCCGCUUGUUACACCCUGAAGGCACCAAUGGAUCAGGAGCUUGAAAAUCUUAAAAAAAGAUACCGAUCCUUUGACUCACUUUGUGAAGAACGCCUGGCACCACUCAAACAUGGCUACUUUGCGCAAGAAACUGCUUUUCCCGGUCCAAUAGUGAUGAGCAUAUUUGACGGCAGUACUUACGUAGCCAUAAAAUUGCUAACAUUUCAGACACCAUUUACGGGACCGGGACGAUACGAUCCUUACAAGUACGAAAAGAAACCAACUCACAGGUAUAGUGGCCUGGCAAAGGCAACGGAGAGAGCAACAGAUCCUGAUAAGGAAAAAAACUGGGCUGAUCGACUUCGUCCGGCAAACGGAACCAAGAGGGAAUGCGGCGAAUGCAAGGAAGUUUUUGUUGGAUCACAUGUGAGGCUUUGCUAG